GACGGAGACGCUAGUUUCGCAGUGCUCAUCCUUGUAUCGGAACGUUGCAGUUCGGUGCAUAUAACCCGCGUCUUUACGUGUGCUUGGCGUUAGCGAAAAAGAAGGAUCAAGCAAAAUCAUGUUAAAGACUGCCGUCGUUGCGUUGUGCUUCGUCCAAUGGGCCAGCUGCCAGUUCCCGCCGUUCCCGCAGCGAUUCCUUCCGCAAACGUUGCCGAAGCCCGUGCUCGUGCCAGUGGUGCCCGGUGGUGGCGCCGGCAAUCCCCUGGGCUGGUCACCGUACAGCUUCGCCUACGACGCGCCGGGAGCGGACGGCUCUAGCAGCCGAAGCGAGUCCGGCGACGCGCAGGGCCGGGUCACGGGCUUCUACACCAUCACCACGGCGGAGGGGUCGCGACGCCGCGUCAGCUACGUGGCCGACGAGAACGGAUUCCGCGCCACCGUAGACACCAACGAGCACGGCACCGCCGACGAGUCGCCGGCCGACGUCGUCUGGAGGUCUACCGCGCCAAAGGUUCACGGCGGCGGCAUAACGCGACCAGGGGGCGCUGCCGGAGCCCAGGCCGCCUUCUAUCCCGCCGGAGGACAGCAACAGCAGCAGCAGCAGCAGCAGGCCUUCCAGUAUCCCUUCUCCAAGGCGUGAAGAGACCCGGGCUACCGCUGUUAAAGCCACGAAUCGAGACGAGUGCGUCGUGGGGAGAGUCCGAAUGAUGGCCGGCAUGCGUCGAACGGGCUCGGAGACUCGCACGCGGAGUCAGUAUAGCGCGAAAGCUCGCAUGCGGUCACGCGACACGAAUGGUGCGAGAGGCGCCUAAUAAAAAUUCAUCCAGACACA